AGGUGUCCAAUACAAGUCAUGCUGCUGUUUUUAGGAAUCUCUGCAGUCCUUUUCUUCAGUGCAUCUUUGGACCAGUGCUAGGGCAUCAUGAAGGUCGCUUCUUUUAAUGUUCAGAAAUUUGGGAAAAGAAAAUUGACUGAUCGAUUGGUGCGGGAAACCCUGAUCAAGAUAGUGUCACGCUAUGAUAUAAUCGUUAUUCUUGAGGUGGUGGAUUGUAGCGGAGAGUCAGUGGAAACGUUUCUCAGAGAGCUGAAUCAGUUCUACAGUACAAUUAAUUACAAAAUGGUGAUCAGCACACGCCUGGGAAGAGGACAAUACAAAGAACAGUUUAUGUUCCUUUACAGGGAAAAGGUGGUGGAUUUGAUCGGGUCUUACCAAUAUGAAGACAAUCAGCCUGGAGAUAAUGAUGCUUUUGCCAGAGAACCGUAUGUUCUGCGAUUCAGAUCUCAUACAACAGAGCUGGAAGAUUUGGUGCUGAUACCAGUCCACAUAAAGCCAGAUGAUGCAGAGAAUGAAAUUGAUGAACUGUAUGAUGUGUUUAAAGCUGUCAAGAAGAAAUGGGGCACUAAAAACAUUAUGAUUUUGGGGGACUUCAACGCAGAUGGCACAUAUCUGUCUGAGGCAGCCAAGAAAAGAACCAGAAUCUGGGGGAGGAACUUCCAUUGGUUGAUCAAGGACGGUGUGGACACCACAGCCAGCAACAACAAUGAAUAUACUUACGAUCGGAUUGUGGUAUAUGGAGACGAAAUGCUGAAUUCUGUUGUUCAGGACUCUGCGAAAUCAUUCAACUUCCAGAAGGCCUACGAACUGACAGAUGAGGAUGCGCUAAAAGUGAGUGACCACUAUCCAGUGCAGGUGAAACUGAUGUGAAAACGUUAAAUGAAGACGAUACUGUGAGAUGGAACAUUUUAUGAACAUGAAAAUAUGAUUCUGGAGAUCUGAAUAUAUAAAGAUGGAUCAGCUUUUAUGAACACAUCUGUUUACGUGAGACUGGAUAUAUUUGAAAUGUCUGGAUAUUGUACAGUUGUUUUGAAUGUUUCACAAUCAAAGACAUUAAACAUCUGAAAUCGGAAUUUACAGUCAUUACAAGCUUUAUUCCUUAAUGUUUUCUGUACAAGAGCAAUAUAAAGUAAAAAAGAAAAAUAAAUAAUAAUAAUUUUACGUAGCCACUGUGGACCCAAAUCAUAAGUUGGUGGUUUGAACGGCAAGCAAAUAUAGAGUGAAACACAUUCAUUUCUUCCCAGACUUCUUGAUUCCUCCUCCAACUACAGAAAGAAAACAAAACAGUUUGUUGACAAAAGAAAACAUUUAGAUAUUGAAAGAUUAACUGGUGGCUUAUACUGAUACCAUUAAAACAUAAAUAACAAAUACAAAACAGACAUAUUUAUUCAA